AUGGAAGACGCUGACAUAGCCAAAGGACACGAUUUUGUCGACGCAGCGCUUGCCGAGCUCCGAAAGAUCCCACGACCACCCCGGCGAGGUCGACAGUCAUCCGGAAUAUUCAGCUCAGCCCUGCGCCUGCUUCUCAGGACCAUCCCAACCGGACCUGUCACUGCGCCAUCGCAUUCGAAGUCGACGCCACUCAGCGGUCCCCUGUUGAAUGCGGUGGAAUUCCUUGAGCAGGCUGCCAACCAGAACAACUCCGAUGCGUUGUAUAUCCUUGCCGAGUUCAACUUUUUCGGCAACUUUAGCCACCCCAGAGAUCUUGGAGCUGCCUUCAAGUACUAUCGACAGCUGGCAUCGAGCCAUGGAAAUACUACGGCGCAGUACAUGCUGGGGUUGUACUACUCAACAGGCAUUGGCGAUGUUGUCCCUCGAGACCAAGGCAAAGCGCUCCUCUACUACACCUUCGCCGCUGUUCGAGGAGACACCAGAGCUGAGAUGGCUACUGGCUUUCGCCAUCUAGCGGGUAUUGGAGCAACAAAGAGUUGCGAGACUGCCGUCAAAUACUACAAGCGCGUGGCGGACAAGGCCAUCGAGUGGUAUCGUUCUGGUCCUCCCGGUGGCAUGUCAUGGGUAUCUCAGUCAUGGCGCAUUGCGGACGACGAUGGCGGGUUGUAUGGAGAAGGCGCAAGUGCUUCAAGCGCCGGCAUGAAUGCCUUUAAACCUAGUCCCAACUCUGAUGCCAACGCUGCCAUUGGCGAUGUUAUUGAAUAUCUGGAUCUCAUGUCUCAAAAGGGUGAUUCAAAGGCUUCAUUCAACCUGGGACGCAUCUAUUACGAGGGGCAGCGAGGGCUGGACCACGACUACGAGUUGGCCAGAAAGUAUUUCUUAUUGGUUGCGUCAAGGUACUGGAAGAAUGGACGCAUUGUAGACAAUGCCAAGUCUGGCAUCGAGAAACUGGCCGGUAAGGCCGCCGGCUACCUCGGCCGGAUGUAUCUGAGAGGAGAUGGAGUAACUCAGAAUUUUGAUAGAGCAAAGCAGUGGUUUGAUCGCGGCGACUCACAGGCUGAUGCCCUGUCUCGAUAUGGCCUGGGGCUCAUGUAUCUGCACGGCUACGGUGUCAAGGAGAAUGUUGUCAAAGCCGUGGAGCUGUUCAGAGUAUCCGCUGAUCACGACUAUGCCCCAGCGCAGGUUCAAAUGGGACAGUUAUACCUCGACCAAGGCGGCACUGAGGAUGUUCGCAUCGCCAACAACUACUUUGAGCUGGCCGCUCGUUAUGGCAACAUCGAGGCCAACUAUUAUCUCGCAGAAUUGGUUUUCCACGGUCUUGGUCGCGAAAAGCUUUGUAGCAUGGCGCUGAGCUACUACAAGAGCGUGGCCGAAAAGGCAGAGCCUCUUGUCUCAUCUUGGGCGGAUGCAAACGAUGCGUAUGAGGCUGGAGACUACGACUUGGCGUUUCUUCAAUAUCUCCUGGCGGCUGAGCAAGGAUACGAGAAGGCGCAAACCAAUGUUGCCUAUGUCCUCGACACGAUUCGAUCCAAACUCCCACUAUCUGAACUGCUGCGCAAACGAAAGGACAGGUCCGGGCUGCUCGAUAAUCCUGCACUAGCCUUGAUUUACUGGACGCGAGCAUCUAGGCAAUCAAACGUCGACGCCCUUGUAAAGAUGGGUGACUACUACUUCUAUGGCAUCGGUGCGGAGCGGGAUAUCGGCAAAGCAGUUCAGUGCUAUACGGGCGCUUCUGACUAUUCGCAAAGCGCUCAGGCGCUUUUCAACUUGGGUUGGAUGCAUGAAAACGGCAUCGGGUUGACACAGGAUUUCCAUCUUGCCAAGAGAUUCUACGACCAUGCGUUGGCGGUUAAUGACGAAGCGUAUCUCCCCGUUACCCUUGGAUUGCUAAAGCUUCGGGUACGAAGUGCUUGGAACAAAUUGAUCAAUGGGUCAAUCCACUCCAUCCAAGAUGAGCCGAAGAAACAGAAGGACUGGUCGCUGUCAGAGUGGAUAGCCAACUUCUUGGAGGACGAUGAACUCUUGUAUGAAGACGAUUACUAUGAUGACGACAUAUACGAUGGUACUAUCGGAGAUGAUGGCGAAGACCCUCUUGAUGGGGUUAUUGAGAGCGCUCUCAUCAUAGGCAUCACAGCGGCGCUUGUUUUGCUCUUGUGGUGGAGGCAAAGGAUGCAACAGCAGCAUGCGCAGAACGUUGAAGGGGAGCGUCAAGACCAGAGGCAAGCACAAGGCAAUGCCGUCAACCCCGAGGAUGCGUUUCCCGCCUGGGCUGGAGGAGGAAUGGGUUUAUAG